UGUGCCUUUUGUUUCCCUCUUUUUCCUUUUAUUCUCCGCUCGUUUUGUGUUUGUGUGCUGCCUCUGCCUGCCAUUUUAAUUUUUAAUUUUUUAAUAUUUUUAAUCAAUUUAAUGCUUCUUCCUCCAUUCUCGUUCUCAUUCUCGCUCGCUGCAUAUCCUCUCUCUCUCUCUCUUCUCCAUCGCUUUUAAUUUCAUUCUCUCUCUUCUUUUGACCUAAAUCCCAUUCUCUCUCUACUAGCCUCGCUGAUUCAUAUAUUAUUUUCAUUUCACAUCCCAUUUCAGGGGAGUCGUGUCGCAUUUUUCUGUGAUGGAUUGCACCCAAAUUGUGCUGAAUUAUCGAUCAGAAGGUUUUGAUUAACAGUGCUCCGGAUUCAGUGGGUGUGAAAAUUUUCCGUUUUGCAAUUAGGAGAGGGGUGGUGUUGGUUGUGAAGGUACACUGCAUGUUUGAGUGUUAAGGAGGGGGGGUCCUCUGCUCUGCUGUGGAGGAUACCCGUGGCAGAGUUGUUUGUUGAGAUUUGUGGCUUUUAUUGGUUGUUUGUUGGAGUUGGUGAGUUGCUUUGAAUUUUGUGUAUUAUGGAAAUGUUUGCUUCAGUAGCGGAUACAGGAUGUGAGGGCACUGGUGCUUCAGGACCCAUUUGGAUUCCAAAGCGCUUUGUCUGGCCUUAUGGUGGAAGAAGGGUAUUUCUAAGUGGUUCUUUCACGAGAUGGUCACAACAUAUACCUAUGUCUCCGAUGGAGGGAUGCCCUGCAGUGUUUCAAGUUAUUUGCAGCUUAAUGCCGGGAUAUCACCAGUAUAAAUUUAACGUGGAUGGGGAGUGGCGGCAUGAUGAGCAGCAGCCAUUUGUAAGUGGGAACUAUGGAGUAGUGAAUACUAUUUAUUUAGUGAGAGAACCAGAUAUUUUACCUCCCAUCUUAAGUGCUGAAACACCCGGUAGAUCCCGCAUGGAGGUUGAUAAUGAUGUCUUUGGGCAUGUGGAAGGUAAUCCAAGGAUGUCAGAGUCUGAUCUUGAGGUCUCUCGCCACCGUAUAUCAGUAUUCUUGUCUACAUCUACUGCUUAUGAUUUGCUUCCUGAGUCAGGAAAGGUCAUUGCCUUGGAUAUAAAUUUACCUGUUAAGCAAGCAUUCCAUGUUCUCUAUGAACAGGGUGUAUCUAUGGCUCCUCUAUGGGACUUUUACAAGAGUCGGUUUGUUGGAGUGCUUAGUGCAAUGGACUUCAUUCUAAUAUUGAAAGAGCUGGGGAAUCAUGGAUCAAAUUUGACUGAAGAACAACUUGAGACUCAUACUAUAGCAGCUUGGAAAGAGGGAAAAUUACAGCAACGCGGAACGCUUGAUAGUAAUGGGGGAUCAUAUCCACUUCGUUUUGUUCAUGCUGGGCCCCAUGAAUGUCUAAAAGAUGUGGCUUUGAAAGUUUUGCAAAACAAGGUGUCGACGGUUCCUAUCAUCCAUUCUUCUUCAGAGGAUGGUUCAUUUCCUCAACUGCUACAUCUUGCUUCCCUGUCAGGAAUACUAAAAUGUAUAUGCAGGCAUUUUAAGCACUCCUCUGGUUCUUUGCCAAUUCUUCAACUUCCGGUUGGUUCAAUACCUUUGGGUACAUGGGUGCCUAAAGUUGGGGAACCAAAUGGACAACCACUUGCAAUGCUAAGGCCAAAUGCUUCUCUUGGUGCUGCUCUGUCUAUGUUUAUUCAAGCUGAAGUUAGCUCAAUACCAAUAGUGGACGAUAAUGAUUCAUUGCUUGACAUAUAUACAAGAAGCGAUAUUACAGCAUUGGCUAAAGAUAAAGCUUAUGCUCGGAUAUCUCUCGAUGAAAUUAGUAUUCAUCAGGCAUUGCUUCUGGGACAAGAUGCAAAUUCUCCUUAUGGGCUUUACAAUGGCCACAGAUGUCAUAUGUGUUUGAGGUCUGAUUCGUUGCACAAAGUGAUGGAGCGGUUGGCUAAUCCUGGGGUUAGGAGACUUGUGAUUGUGGAGGCUGGCAGCAAGCGCGUGGAAGGGAUUAUUUCCUUAAGUGACGUGUUCAGAUUCUUGUUAGGCUAGUUGGGAUAUAUUGGCCAUCUUAUAUGAAGGGAAUAGCAUUGGAAGGGACCCAUUUGUUCUAUUUGCACUUGUUUUCUGAGCUAUAUCCCCUGCCUUCCUUACCUGAUUACUUUUCAGAGUCUUUGGUUCGAUGGGCUUCUUUGGCUGUUGCUCCCUUGUUUUUUAGGAUAGAAAUUGGAGAGAGAAAAUUCUGUAUAUUGAGGACCAAUUUUCUCCUUUAAACAUCUUAACGAAAUCGUUUUCUCCUUUGUGCCGGCACAUUUGCGAUGUUUGUGUCCAGUGCUAAAAGACAUCAAGGAGAAACUUUAAAAAAAAAAAGACGAGGAAAAGAUGAAAUAUUUAACCCUAUGCAGCACGCAUGCUGUUGGCAGGUUGUAUCCUUAUAAUUUAAGGGAUUCCUUUUUCGUUUUUUUCAGAUCAUUUUGACUUCAGAUUUCUACUGACAAGUUCAUUAUGACUUG